AUGUCAUUUACAACUCCGAAUAUAACUUAUGAGGCAUAUGCUUACAAAAAUGGUAAUUAUCCAAUUGAGAUAAUUAAUGAAACAAUUGAUCUAGUAAACUCACCUAAUGGAGAAUUUAUUGCACCAAAAGGUAAGAUUAUAGUUAAAGUAAAUUAUGCUUCUUUAAAUCCUAUUGAUACCAAAUUAUAUGAGUUAAAACCUUCAUUUAUGAAAUAUAUCAAUGGCAAACAAGGGUUUGGAAAAGAUUUCAGUGGUAAAGUUAUUUCAAUUGGUGAUGAAACAAAUACAGAUGUAAAAGUUGGAGAAUAUAUUCAAGGAAUGUUGGGUCCAUUAAUUUCAAGUAAAGGUACAGUUGCUCAAUAUGUAUUAUUAGAUCCAAAAGUUUCACCAAUUACUACAGUACCAACAAAUAUCAAUUUAGCUCAAGCUUCGUCUUGGCCAUUAGUAUUAGGUACAGCAAUUGGUAUGCUAAAAGGUUUACAGAUUAAAGAUUCUAAAAUUGCAGUUUUAGGUGCUAGUACUUCAGUUGGACGUUAUGUAGUUCAAUUAGCUAGAAUUGGAGGGGCUAAAGAAAUAGUAACUACAAACUCGACAAGAAAUAAAGAUUUAAUAACAAAAUUAGGUGCAACUUCACAAAUCGACUAUACAAGAUAUCCAAAUUUUUUAAAGAAGUUUUUAGAUAGCGUCAAAGAGUCUGGAGAGUUUGAUUAUAUUAUUGAUACUUAUGGUGGUAAUCAAUUGUUUCCAGAAAUCAAUCACAUAUUAAAGAAAGGAGGUGUGUAUAACACUAUAGUUGGAGAUUCAACAGGUCAUGGAUUGGAUUUAAUUUACGGAACAAUGAAAACGGUAGGUAGAGUAAUUUACUCCAAAUUAGGUCUUCUAGGGUAUGAAUAUAAUUUUGCAGCUUUGAAUAUGAUGGGGGGUUGGAUAAAUGAUGCAAGAGAUAUGAUUCAAGAUGAAAAACUUCAAAUUUUUGUUGAUAGUAUAUACCCAUUUGAUCAAUUAGACAAAGGUGUUGAAAGACUAGAUAGUGGUAAAGCUAACGGUAAGGUUGUUAUUGAAGUUUCAAAGGAGUAA